UCGCCCCCGCGCGGGGCGGGCACCUCUGGUUUCCCGCGGCUAUGGAGCGGCUGACCUUGCCUUCCGGCGGCGCCGCGGCCGUGGGCGAGUACCUGGAGUAUCGGAGAAUUGUCGGUGAGGACGAUGGAGGGAAACUUUUUACUCCUGAAGAGUAUGAAGAAUACAAAAAAAAGGUAUUACCUAUGCGCUUACAGAACAGAUUAUUUGUGAGCUGGCGAUCACCAACUGGAAUGGAUUGUAAGCUUGUGGGUCCAGAGACACUGUGUUUUUGUACACAUAGGUAUAAACAACAUAAAACUGACUUUGAAACGAUUCCACAGCAACGCCCCAUUAGUCUCCCUUGCCGAGUGAGCGGCUGCAGGUGCAGGGCAUACCUUUACGUCCCUCUGAACGGCACCCAGCCCAUUCGCUGCAGGUGCAAGCACUUUGCGGAUCAGCACAGCGCUGCCCCCGGCUUUCUAUGCAAUGCCUGUUCCAAGUGUUCAGGAUUCCAUAGUUGCUUCACUUGUGCUUGUGGUCAGCCUGCGUAUGCUCAUGACACAGUGGUGGAAACUAAGCAAGAAAGACUGGCUCAGGGCAAGCCAGUGGGACAGGAUGUUCCUUAUGCGGCAAUGGGAGGCUUAACAGGUUUCAGCUCACUGGCGGAAGGCUACGUGCGGUUAGAUGACAGUGGGCUUGGUGCACCUUCAAUUGAAUUUUUAGACUCUCCAGUUACAGCCAUGGACCACCCAUUUCUAAAAGCAUUUCAAGCAUCAUCUAGUUCUUCUCCAGAAACACUGACAGAUGUAGGUACAAGCAGUCAAGUUUCUUCCUUAAAGAGACCUGAAGAGGAUGAUAUGGCUUUCUUUGAAAGACGAUACCAAGAAAGGAUAAAAAUGGAAAAGGUCACUAAGCAGAAAGGAAAAGCAUCAUUGCCAUCAAGUACAAAACCUUCAUGAAGACUAUUGGGAAAAUUAAAACCAUCAUCCAAAUAGGUCUUGUUUGUGUUUAUUUAAAUAUA